UAUUAUUGGUGGAUAAUGUCAGUCCAUGAGCGAGUGGCAGGUAGUCCAAUUGACAGAAAUGGGUGGAACUAGGUCAGUCACGUUUGAACACGUGCAGCCAGCCAGCAAUGAGCAGCCAUCAUGACAUCUCCACUAAAGACUGACUAGAGACAAAAAGCCCUCACAGGAUGGCCACAAGGAACCUCCCUCACGCAGGCAAAGCGGACGCACUAGCAGGCAGUGCUCACAGGAUGGCCACAAGCCUGAGCUCGAUGUAAGCCUCCUCUCCAGUGGCACACACUCUGGCUGGCAGGAUGUAUCGCCGCACCUCACCCACGCGCAUGUCAGUGAAGACCUGCUGCCACCACUCAGGUUCAUCAGACACACGACCCUUCAUCCCACGGUACUCGUCUUUCUUGUCUUGUCCGUCGAAGUCGUCAGCCCACCAGAUGUAGUCGACCUUGACCCGCUGGUCACGUGUCGGUUUGGGUCCACUUCCCGGCCGCACCACUUGAUAAAACACACCCGAUGGCGACCGAACGAACACAUCAGCAGGUCCCUGGCCGACAGCUGCUGGCUGGGAGACCUCCUGACGGCAGACGGCAGCACCCAUCAUGGCCACGAGGAUGCCCACACACACGAGUGCCACCAGCCACCAACGUCCCUUCAGCCAUCCCCAUGGCGACACACUCGAGGGGACACCGCCCACACUGAUCGAUAAGGGAAACGAACGAACUGACGAUGGGGGGGUGGAUACUUGGAGUGGUGUUCACUACUCACCUGGUGUGGGCUGCGGCCUGGGCUGUGGCGCCAAUGUCGGUCUUGACAAUGCCGUACAUGGCGGCAUUGACGUCGAAGGCGGCCUGCUCUAUCGUGCUUGUCAUCUUGAGAGGAGCCACGAUGUCUUUGGUCGACGCACCGAGCCGCUUUCUGCGGUAGUGAUCGACCAUACGGCCGAUGUGGUCGGGCUGCAUCACCUCAACUGCACGUGUCCGCGACCACCUACACCCACGACGAGACGGCGAACGACAUAUGCGUGUGUGCGUAUCUAUGUGGCUGCGUGUCGUUCUUACAGAUCGAGUCGAUGGCGGAGGGUGAUAUCGCCCAU